AUGCCAUGUAUGUAUUUCUCUGGCGAAGAGAGUGAGAAUAUUGUAAAUGAUGACCCAGCAAAUAAAUCUAUCACAAUAAAUCCGACAUUAUAUGACAACGUGAGAGGUGACCAUGAACGAAGCAUGAGAGUCUUUUUGGAUGCUCAUUUAUCGAAGAUCAGGGAUGAAAGUGAGGAAGAACCUUCAGAGAUAAUGGUUCCUAGAGGCGAUGCAUCUGUUUCUUUAGGGGCAAAGCCUAUUAUGUCUCUUCUAGCUUAUAUCACUAAUUCAUUGAUGAUGGCGGAAUUCAGAGAGAUUAGUGGUGAUGAAUUCAAAGAUAGCUACCUUGGUCCACUUGAUAAUGCAAUUAAAAGAUCAGAUGUUAAUUUUCCUCUUUUAGAACGAGAUUACCGUUAUCCUGCCGUACGUGCUAGCCACUUGUAUACAGAGUGCUUCAAUAAAAGUAUAAUUCCAAGCUUUAGUGAAAUUUUUUAUAUCCUAUGUGGUACAAGCAACUAUUUUGGUGAGUCGCUAAUGAUUAGAUCACAUUUAGAUAAGAAAAGUGUAUUUAAGACGAAUAUAGCUCAUGUUUUGCAUAGGGGGUCAUUUAAAGAUCCGCAAACCCCAGAAAUUUGUUUCGCCAUAGGCGAUUAUAACCAAAGGAACCAUGGCUUGGCUCUUGGGCUUGAAGACUUAAGAAUGACUAUAAAAGACCUGAAGCAAACUCUAUUGGAAACAAAUCGGUUGGAGCCGCUGAAAAGCCUGCCCUUCUUUUUAGAUAAAGAAUGGUCCCCUAGGGUUUUCUUUGCUUUGGUUCUAAGGAAAUAUCUUUAUCAAGCGUUCCUCUGUGGCACCGAUAGAAUUUUUAUUUCAGACUACCAAACAUUCUCAGGGUUUUUUAAAUAUGAAAUUGUGAAUGAUAAAAUGACUAUAGACUACUACGUAAUUGAUGAUCCAGAAACUGUUGCAAAUGGCAUUACUCUAAAGUCUGCAAUAGCGGGGUUUUUCUACAAGGAUGUAGAAGACGCCCUUGCUACAAAAGAUAGAAUAGCAAAAUGUUUUGGUGUAACCAAGGAACCAACAAAACAGGACCCAUUUGAAAAUGUGCUUCCUAGAGAUGAAAGCCAAUCGUCGGGGAAUUUUUCUGGCAAAGGAAAAAAGGACCCAUACAAGGAAGAUUCUGAUAAUGAUACCUAUAAUGGUUACGCAUGUUGUCGAAUUAUGCACAAUACCCCAAAACGUUAUCCGGAUUUGAAGCUUCCACCCACAGUGUUCACCAAAUUGUAUUAUUACUCUCGUCAGUUAUGGGCAGAGGAAGGUUUGACAUGCUUUAGCAUUCCAGAUCUGCAUGAGUAUUAUGACGCAUUCUUCAAUGAACUUGAGAUUAAUGAAAAACUUGGGAAAUCACAAUUUGCAUCCAAUUUUCCAAAGCUAUUUAAAUCAGGUUAUUGGAAUGGUCUUCCAGACCAUCCGAUGCAUAUAUUUGAAUAUCUAGGGAGAGAAAUCCCAAUGAAAGAAUGGGAUAAGCACAAGGUGCACAAAACUAUCAAAUUGAGGCUCGAAGAGCUCCACCUGUUAGGUAUUUCGCAUAAUGAUGUUAGAUUAGCCAACAUUCAUGUAUCUGUAUCUGGUAAGGUCUCUUUGAUUGAUUUUGGACUAUCGGAUUGCACAAAUAAUGGGGAACAUAAAAUGAAUGACCUAGAAAACCUUGACUACAUCUUAGGGUUAAAUAGUUCCUGUGAUAGUAGCGACACUGAUAAUCAAGUCAAUCAAGAUAGUCAAAAAAGUGAUGCUACGCUUCCCUAUAAGGCUGAAAAAGAUUACAAAAAAUUUCUUCAGAGCAAGUUUUGA